GUUGUGUAAAGAAGCUACCUUCUGUCUAGGACAUUCAAUUUACUCUCACAGCACAUGGAACCUCUUUCCAUGAACUGAUCCUGUUUUAUUUUAGGGUUGCGAAGUAUUUGUUAUUAGGAGACUUGUAAGUGGUUGGGAGUGUGGUCAUUUGUAAGCAACUGGGAAGGUGUCACAACCGUUAAGUGACCUCUGAAUUGGAGUCUGCAGAUCAUGGCAAACUAGACCCAGUUAGCUGUCUCUUCCAUUGAGUCGCGUGCUGUGUCCUCUUUCUCAGGGUUGGUGUCUUUAGGUCAUUAAUGUGGACUAUUAAGUGACUCAUAUCAAAACGUCCGUGUAAGAACAGCUAUGGGAGUACCAAACUCCAGGGAAUACAACUACUAUCACGCUCCAACCUCACCCUUUAGGAUUUUGCUGAAAAGGCGCAAUGAGCCACUAAAAAAGGAGCGUCCAAAGUGGAAGAGUGAGUACCCAAUGAUGGAGGGCCAGCUGAGGAGUAAAAGGGAUGAGUUUUGGGAUACGGCUCCCGCCUUUGAUGGACGCAAAGAGAUCUGGGAUGCACUCAGAGCAGCAGCCCUGGCUGCAGAGUGCAAUGACCUGGAGCUAGCACAGGCUAUAGUGGAUGGAGCCUGCAUCACUCUGCCACAUGGCUCUCUCACAGAGAGUUAUGAUGAACUGGGUAACUGCUACCAACUCCCAGCCUACACUUUAGCCCCGCCUGUCAACCUCAUCUCUGAAACGUCCAGUGAGAACAAAGUCUCUGAGUCCACACAGAAACAAGCUCAACCCCCUCCCUGCAGACAAGAGUUCCAGCUGCGGGUGCGAUUGUCAACAGGAAAUGAUGUGCGUCUGACAGCCAGCAUGGCGGACUCCAUCGCUGAUCUAAAGAAACAGUUGGAAGAACGGGAAGAAAUUGAGGUGAACCGCCAGAGGUGGUUCUUUUCCGGGAAGCUCCUGACUGAUAAGACUCGUCUUCAAGACGCCAAGAUCCAAAAAGACUUUGUCGUUCAAGUGAUUGUCAAUAUAAACCCACAAGUUAUUGCUAACUGAGGAGGGAGACAAAGGGCUACGAAGAGGAGAAAAUAUAAGGGACAUGCCAGAGAGGGGGACAGGAAUAGGAGUAGGGCCUGAAAUCAUUUUCCAGUUGGCACUGCAGUGUAACUUUGUGUACAUUUUAUACAAGAAAAUAUUGCUUUUAUAUUGCUCCUUUUUGUAAUUUUUCCUUUUUCCAAAUGAAGUAUAUCGAAAAGCACUCGGCCACUUUAGAUUAGUAGUCCUAAAAUGCACAUCCCAGUGUCUGUCUGUCUGUCCGUUUGUGUGGACAUCAACUCAGAGCUCUAUUGUGUACACAAGUCCCCCUCCUUCUCAUGUGUGUUUGUACUAAACUGAAUAUGUUUUUUUUUUUAUUAUUUUAGCUUUAUGUCAUGCGAUUUGAGAAGUAGAGACGAUAGAAAACUUUAGUCAAAAGAAAAAAAUGUAAAUGUCAGUUUCCAUAUGUGUUGUUUGGUCAUAUAACUAUGGUCAUGUAACUAUGUGCUCACUACAUUUUACAAUUCUCAACUCAUAACAAAGACACACAUUUAAC